AUGGUUACUUUUAAGUUGGACAAUGGUAGAUGGCUAUUGUGUGGAGGCAUGUCAGUAGCAAAGGCUAAUAAUUUUAGGAAACCAACCGAUGUUUACCUUGUAUAUGAGGAAGAUAACAAGUUUCAAAUGUGGCUCAAUGAAAGAUUUGAAACUAAAUCAGAGCCCAAUAAGCACAAACUGAUGAAACCAUUUUUAAUGGUUAUCCAUUCCAUGCUACUUAUAUUAAAACCAUAUAGUACGUAUCUUUGUAUUGUAGCUUCAAAAUCUCCAGCUGGAAGCUAUGCCUAUGCCAGAGUCAUUUCACUUCAAUCGGGAAUUGCAUACCCAAACAAGCAAGGAAUGAGGGUUUAUACAAGUUUAUGGAAUGCUGAUGAUUGGGCCACAAGAGGUGGACUUAUUAAGACAAAUUGGACUAAUGCACCAUUUAUUGCCAAAUUUAAUCAUUUUAGGGCAAGAGCAUGCAAAUGGCAUGGAGCAGUGAGUAUUGACCAAUGUGCUUCCAAUAUAGCUUCAAAUUGGUGGACUUCUCCAAUAUACAAACAAUUGAGUUAUGCUCAAUUGGGUCAGAUGAAUUGGGUUAGAGAUAAUUAUAUGAUCUAUAAUUAUUGUAGUGAUACCAAAAGAUUUAAUGGACAAUUGCCUCCUGAAUGUUUUAAGGCACAAUACUAA